AUGCCAAAGGUUUUCAGAGGUUGUCAGAAGAGUUUAUGCUUUGUUGCUGCUGCAGCUCUAGGAUUUUUGCUGCUGCAUUUUUCUCUGCCUGAGUUUGCAUAUAUCUCAACUUAUGCCAAAACAAUUUGGCAGAGUCAAGGCAUGUACCUCGGCCUCAGCCUCGCGAGUAGCGUUCCUGAAGAUCCUUGCACGGGCCGUUACAUCUACAUGCAUGAUCUCCCUACAAGAUUGAACCAAGACUUGCUUACAAAAUGUCAGACACUCAGAAAAAAGUUCAAUUUCUGCCCUUAUGUGGAAAAUGAAGGUUUUGGCUCUAGGCUUAACCUUAAUGAUAGUUCAGAGAAUUCUGAAAGUGUGAUGUCAGGUAAAAGUUGGUAUGAAACUAACCAAUUUAGCUCAGCAAUGAUGUUUCAUACUAGAAUGAAGCAAUAUGAGUGCUUAACAACCAAUUCUUCCUUGGCAUCUGCAAUCUAUGCACCCUAUUACCCCGGUCUAGAGGCAGGCCGGUAUAUGUUUGGCCGGUUCAACUUAUCAGCAAAGGAUGCAGGAGCCUUGGAUUUCACAAGCUGGCUAAGGGGAAGACCUGAGUGGUUGCGCUUGUAUGGGUGGGACCACUUCUUUGUGGCUGGGAGGAUCACUUGGGAUUUUAGGAGGCCAAGCUAUCUAGGUACUAAUUGGGGUAGCAAGCUCAUGAAUUUGCCUGAAACAAAGAACAUGACAAUGCUGACGAUAGAAUCAAGUCCUUAUGCUAAUAACGACUUUGCAAUUCCAUACCCGACCUUUUUCCAUCCCUCGAAUGACAACGAGGUCUUACAAUGGCAAGAGCGAGUAAAGAGGACAAAACGAACUCACCUUUUUGCGUUUGCAGGGGCCCCGCGUCCUCAUAUAACCUCCUCUGUCCGGGGGGAACUAAUAAGUCAGUGUAAGAAAGCGUCAGGAAAACGUUGCAAUUUGGUUAACUGUGCCCCAAAGAAUAAAAUCAGCUGUAAUAGCCCAGAUCAUAUUCUCAAGGCAUUUAUGAUGUCAGAUUUCUGCUUGCAGCCUACUGGGGAUUCAUAUACAAGGCGAUCCACAUUUGAUGCUAUCUUGAUGGGUUGUAUACCUGUUUUCGUUCACCCAGGAUCAGCUUAUACCCAAUACUUCUGGCAUUUGCCUAAGAAUUAUACCAGCUAUUCAGUUUACAUACCGAGGCAAGGGAUUAAAAAUGGGACAGUCAGUGUUGAGAAGGUUCUGCUUCGGAUUCCACAGAAUGCUGUUACAGCUAUGAGGGAGGUGGUAAUAGGAAUGAUUCCAAGUAUCAUUUAUGCGCGUAAUAAGUUGAAAACUACUGAAGAUGCAUUUGAUAUCGCGAUCAAGGGAAUUCUUGAGAGGAUUGAGGAUGCUAGGAGAAAUAUUAUAGAAGGAAAAGACCCAAGAAGUAGGUUCCCAGAGAAGUCAACUUGGAAGUAUUACUUGACAGGGAAAGUUGAUAAACAUGAAUGGGAUUCUUUCUUCUGA